CUGAACAUCUGUUUCGUCCAGACGUAACUGUACUACAAUGGCACGUACUAAGCAAACCGCUCGCAAGUCAACGGGAGGAAAGGCUCCUCGUAAGCAGUUGGCCACCAAAGCUGCCCGUAAGAGCGCACCAGCAACUGGAGGAGUAAAGAAACCUCAUCGUUACAGACCUGGAACUGUUGCUCUUCGUGAAAUUCGUCGUUACCAGAAGAGUACUGAGCUUCUCAUCCGCAAACUGCCCUUCCAACGCCUUGUACGUGAAAUCGCACAAGACUUCAAAACUGAUCUCCGAUUCCAAAGCUCGGCUGUUAUGGCACUCCAGGAAGCCAGCGAGGCCUAUCUCGUUGGUCUUUUUGAAGAUACUAACCUCUGCGCCAUUCAUGCCAAGCGUGUCACCAUCAUGCCAAAAGACAUCCAAUUAGCCAGACGUAUCCGUGGAGAACGUGCCUAAAUUAACAUCCUUCCUUCCAAUAAUCGGUCCUUUUAAGGA